AUGGCGAGCUCGCUUCUCACCUCGACGUCACUGUCCUCAUCAUUCUUACCUGUUUCUCGGAAGCUGUCGGUUCAUCAUGGCCAAUGUCUGAGCCAAAGAACUCUCUGGUUCGGUCGGAAACAGUGGUCUCUCUGUGUUCGCGCAGCUAAACUCCCUCAAGGGGUGAUAGUGCCAAAAGUGGAACCUAAGUUUGAACCAGCGUUUCUGGGAUUCACAUUUACAGCUGAGAUAUGGAACUCUAGAGCUUGUAUGAUUGGUCUCAUUGGAACCUUCAUUGUCGAGCUGAUUUUGAACAAAGGAAUACUGCAGAUCAUUGGUGUUGAUAUUGGCAAAGGACUUGAUCUUCCUCUCUGA